AUGGCCGACGAGAAACCCAAGGAAGGAGUCAAGACUGAGAACAACGAUCAUAUUAAUUUGAAGGUGGUGGGGCAGGGUGGUUCUGUGGUGGAGUUUAAGAUUAAGAGGCAUACCCCACUUAGUAAACUAAUGAAAGCUUAUUGUGAACGACAGUUGGAAAUGGAGGAUGAAGAUACAAUUCAUGUGUUCCAGCAGCAGACAGGAGGGGUCUUCUAA